AGCUGCUUCACAGAAGCUGUACAGUACUCUUGAAGAUCAGACCAUUUUUAGACUUUCGCAAGCAAGAAAUGUCCGAAAACAGAGAACUGAUCAAACACGGACAGGACGACAGUGAUGAAGAUUCUGAUAUUCUUCAUACCACACGAAAGCACGAAGGAGAUGGCCACGUAGGUUACGCCUCGACAAGUGGAACCGGCAAGAAAGUAGUUAAAAGAGAAGUAUUCACACAGCCAAGUGUAAAACUUGCCACGGUGAAUGCUUCAGUAAAGAACCUCGUAAGCAUGAUCGACACGUUCGACAGACCAGAAGGAACCUACGUAGAAGGCACCUACAUUAAAAGCGGCACAUAUAUCAGAGGUCUUGAAGACGCGCCGGGAGAGAGGCUUCCCAGGUUUGGAGCCGGUGCUGAAGCAGGAGUCGGACGAGCCGGCGCUGAAUUCAGUGUGUUUGAGGCCGAAGCCAAAGGCCCCAACGCCUCGGCUGGAGUUGAAGCCAAUGUCACUGGAGUCGGAGCGAUGGCUCGAGCUGAACUCGCCAGCGCCUCAGCUCAGGCCGGUCCGGUCGGCGUCAAAGUGGGGCUUGGAGUGGACACCGGUGCCUCUGUUGGUGCGGACGGGGUGGAGGUCAAGUUCCUGGGAACCGGAUUCUCCAUUGGUCCAAAAACCAGUAUAUCUCUUCUGGGUUCAGAGGUGUCAUGCUCCGUCAUGUAACCGGACAGUUUGGAUCCAGCCUUUGAGAAGAUUUCACGGCGAAGACUUCAGCUCUGGAUCUACAUACAAAACUGACAACUAUCGCUGUCUGAUGUGAUUUUUUCUUUCAUUAAUCAUAAAUAACAUUUCUUUUUCUUGCAUUCCUAACAUCUGUAUGCUUUCGGGAGCAAAUUGCUGAACUGCGCCUUUGAAAAAACAAUUACUUUACUCGACACUUGAAGCGGAUCCAAACCAAAACUAUUCAUGUGUAACUUUUUUUUGAUUCACUUCAAAUGUUUGCUACUGUAAAUUGUAAUGAAUCAUGUCAUCUAUGCUAUAUAUCCUGCUGUAUUCUUUUGGUCUGGAGGUUGUGAUUAAAGCAUAUAGAGUUAUAUUUCUAUUGCUUUUCUCUUCGGUGCUGUCAUUCUCGGUGUAUAACACAUUGUUGACGUAAUAUUCUGGAUCAAUCUUUUACCUUUUAUACAACAAACUGGAGAAGAAACAUUUUUGUGCAAAUGUUGUAUAAGAAAGCAGCUGAAGAAUAGAAGCAAGCAGCCAAUGAAUAAAUACUAAUCUUUUAGUGUUAAUAGCAUGAAAAUGUAUACUGGUACAUUUUAAAUAUUAAAUGUUGCUGCAGCUUGCCAUAACUUUCAGUUUCACUUUCAGUUGAUGAAAUAGUUUUGCAAAAUAAAAAAAUAUUUGUCACAUAUACUGUUGACAUACCAAUGAAGGUAUUUUAAAACCAAAUUUGGCUGUGAAAAACAAGCAGCAAAUGAAAAAACAAUACCAAAAAACCAUAAUUUGAUUGACUGACAUCUGUAGAGAUUGUCUCAUAUGUUUCUACGUGAAAAAACCCCCCCAAAAGACGACUGAUGAUUAAAUAACUAAAUACAGAAAAACCAGGUAAUGGUACAAAAGUUCAAACUGUUGCAUACUGUAUAUACUGUAUAAUACAAUGAGUAUAACAUUCAUAUGAUGUCCUAAAAUACUGGCCCAGGCCGGAGGAAAAAAAAACAAACUUUAAAAGCUUUUGUUAAGCAUGUAUUCAUUAUAUAUGGGAGGAUUGACGUUUGCAAGCAUUUGACCUUUUAAUAAGCAAACAAAAUAAAAAGUGAAUUCUAAAACAGAGGGAAAAUAUGAACAGCUUGGCUACAAAGAAAAUAAAAU